AUGAUGGACCGAUGGAGACUAACGCGCCACGCGUGGAUGCUGCUGCUGAUCAGCUUCUUCUCUGUUUCUAUUGCAGCUAAUCCUAUUGACAUCCUGAAGGUCCUGGAUCUAUCAGAGGACAUGGAGGGUGUCUCACUUGAGGCAGGACUUUGCACAAGCAGGACAGGACGAGAGGAGACAGACCUCUCCUUUAAAAUCAACAAGAAGAUUCAGCUAAGCGCGCCCACCAAGCAACUCUUCCCAGAUUCACCAUUCCCUGUGAAUUUCUCACUGAUGACCACAGUAAAAGCUGCAAAAGGAUCUCAGGUUUUUCUCCUGUCCUUGUACGACACUCAGGGCACACAGCAGCUGGGCUUAGAGCUCGCUCGUUCUCCUGUGUUCCUGUACGAGGACCACAAGGGUCAGCCAACUCCAGAAUUUUACCCCACCUUCAGAAAGAUCAACCUGGCUGACGGCAAGUGGCACAGAGUUGCCUACAGUAUUGAGGGCCAAACGGUGACUCUGUACUUGGACUGUGAGAAGGUGGACACCCUGGAUCUGCUCAGAGGUCACGAUCCACGGGUCAGCACCGACGGAGUCACAGUGUUCGGAACGCGUCUGCUGGAUGAAGAUGUGUUUGAGGGAGAAAUCCAGCAGCUGCUGCUUGUCGACGACCCCAGAGCGGCAGAGUCCUACUGUCAGGACUACAUCCCAGACUGUGACGCACCUUUACCCUACGACAGCAUAUUACCACCGACUGAUGAGGUGAAGAGAGCAUUUAAGAAGCGUGUGGUGGAAGAGUUUGAGGAGUUUGACUACAGCGACCUCUUCGACGACCUUUCUGUGUCCUCGGUGACAUCGGGUCCGAAUGUGACGGAGUACGAGAUCAUUGAAUACGAAGACUAUGACAACAACACACACUUGUAUCAUGUGAACGAGUACGAAUAUGAGGACGAAUACGACGAGCGCUACGGGCCUGCAGAGAGAGAACGAGAGCACUCUCUGAACACACAGAAUCUACCUGAAAAAGGAGAAAAAGGAGAGCCGGGCAUUCUGGGCAUGGGAACACAGAUUACAGGACCAUAUGGGCCCCCAGGACCCGAGGGAGAACCGGGACCUCCGGGUAUCACGGGACCAGCGGGACCUCGAGGAGACCCUGGAGAGUUGGGUCCUCCGGGACGGCCGGGCCUUAAUGGAGCCGAUGGGAUACCAGGACCUCCAGGAAACAUCAUGCUCAUACCGUUCCAGUCAGGUGGGGACCCGGGAACAGGUGCUGUGGUUUCUGCACAGGAGGCUCAGGCCCAGGCCAUCCUGCAGCAGACUAAGCUGGCAAUGAAGGGGCCUCCGGGGCCGCUGGGUCUCAGGGGACGACCUGGACCACUGGGUGCAUCAGGUCCUUCUGGUCUAAAGGGGAGCAGUGGGGACCUGGGACCACCAGGUCCUCCAGGGCUGUCGGGAAUCCCAGGUCAGAACGGACGGCCUGGGAAACGGGGUCGAGCAGGUGCAGAUGGGGGCCGUGGUGCAAUAGGAGAGACUGGAGCAAAGGGAGAUAGGGGCUUUGACGGCUUGCCUGGUCUUCCUGGGAACAAAGGACACAAGGGAGACAGAGGGAAACCGGGCCCUGCAGGUUCUUCAGGCGAGCCAGGGGAAAAGGGUUCCCAGGGACCAUCAGGACCGAGAGGACAAUCAGGUGAUGCUGGUCCCAGAGGUCUGAAUGGCCCCAGAGGUCGCCCCGGACCCACAGGCUUGCCAGGUAUUCGAGGGAUUGAUGGGGUUCAAGGUUCCAAGGGAAACAUAGGACCACCAGGAGAAACCGGAGCUCCCGGACAGCAAGGCAAUCCUGGGAUCUUGGGUUUUCCUGGUCCUCAGGGGUUAGUAGGACUGCCAGGAGAGAAGGGACCUCAAGGGAAAAAAGGGAUGCGGGGCUUACCUGGAAAUGACGGGCCCUCUGGUCACCCUGGAAGAGAAGGCACUCCAGGUGAAAAAGGACUGCCGGGCCCUCUGGGAGUCCAAGGACCUGUGGGGUACCCUGGACAGCGAGGAGUCAAGGGAGCAGAUGGAAUAAGGGGAUUAAAGGGGAGCAAAGGUGAAAAGGGUGAAGAUGGUUUUCCAGGGGCCAAGGGGGAUAUGGGAGCAAAGGGGGACGUUGGGGACAAUGGACCUAUAGGGAUCCCUGGUGAAGAUGGACCUGAAGGCCCCAAAGGCCAGUUGGGUCCUCAGGGGGAGACUGGCUCUGCUGGUAUUUCAGGGGAGAAGGGAAAACUGGGCGUUCCAGGACUGCCAGGAUAUCCAGGACGCCAAGGGCCCAAAGGCUCUGAUGGUUUCCUUGGUGCACUGGGAGCUGCUGGGGAGAAAGGGAAGAAGGGUCCUGCAGGCCAGGCAGGAGGUGCCGGCCAGAGGGGUUCAAAUGGUGCCCGAGGUGCCAGGGGUGCGAGAGGCCCAACUGGGAAACCAGGAGAAAAGGGUGCCUCAGGGCAUGAUGGCCCCCCAGGAUCUCCUGGAGAGAGGGGACCUCAAGGGCCACAUGGAAGAAAUGGAGAACCAGGACCUAAAGGAACAAGUGGUCCGGCUGGAAAGGAUGGACUUCCGGGCCACCCGGGUCAAAGAGGGGAGCCAGGCUUCCAAGGAAAGACGGGACCUCCAGGACCUCCAGGUGUGGUGGGACCACAGGGAAAAUCAGGAGAAUCUGGUCCAACAGGAGAUCGAGGUCACCCAGGAGCACCAGGUGUGCCUGGAGAACAUGGUUUACCUGGAGCGGCCGGAAAGGAGGGUGGAAAGGGGGAUCCUGGUUUACCUGGAACAUCUGGGAAGAAUGGUCCACCAGGUCUGAAAGGGUUCAGAGGGAGCAGAGGAGCCCCUGGAAUAAUGGGACCGCCUGGUCUGAAAGGAGCUUCAGGACCUGGUGGAUCACCAGGAGCCAUAGGACCAACAGGAGAAAGGGGCCCUCCAGGACCAGCUGGAGCCAUUGGACAGCCUGGUCGUGCUGGAGCCAUUGGAGGACCUGGACCAAUGGGAGAGAAGGGGGAGCCUGGUGAGAAGGGACCUAUUGGCCUGGCAGGUCAGGAUGGGGAUCAGGGACCAGUAGGGAUGCCAGGAGCUAUGGGCCCUGUAGGCCCUCCAGGAGAUGAUGGGGACAAGGGAGAACAAGGAGGACCUGGGCAGAAAGGCAGCAAGGGAGACAAAGGAGAAGCAGGCCCCUCAGGCCCUACUGGCACUCAGGGACCAGUUGGUCAGCCAGGACUUCCAGGUGUUGAUGGAUUGCCCGGUCUUCGAGGCCAGCAGGGCAUGUAUGGUCCAAAAGGUGAUGAAGGAUCACGUGGCUUUAAGGGCGCCAAAGGACCAAGAGGGUUACAGGGAAUGCCUGGCCUGCCAGGAGAAAAGGGUGAAAGUGGACACAUUGGUCUAAUGGGUCCACCAGGACAGCAAGGCCCUGUUGGUGCUCAAGGUCCAAUUGGGGGUCAGGGACAGAACGGUAGACCAGGAAUGAUAGGACAGCCAGGUGCUGUUGGGGAGAAGGGAGAGGAUGGUGAGGCAGGUGACCCUGGACCAGUUGGGAUUCCAGGAAGAAUAGGAGAUAAAGGAGACCAAGGGGAAAAGGGAGAUACAGGCCCUCCAGGAGCAGCUGGUCCUCCAGGAGCCAAGGGCCCUCCAGGGGAGGAUGGAGCCAAGGGCACUGCUGGUCCUAUAGGUCUGACGGGUGAUCUCGGACAGCAGGGAGAGGCUGGACCCAAUGGUGUAGAUGGCCUCCCGGGGUCUAAAGGAGACACAGGAGAUCCUGGAAAAUCUGGACCACCAGGACCAUCCGGAGAACCUGGACCACCUGGACCGCCUGGGCGAAGGGGCCACAUGGGGAAACAAGGGAAGGAGGGGAAAGCAGGUUUGAAGGGAACAAAGGGCGCUCCUGGACUGGAGGGACCUGUUGGAAAAACAGGGCCCGUGGGUGCUCAAGGGCAUCCUGGGAAACCAGGUCCCCAGGGCUUGAGAGGAAUCCCUGGCCCUGCCGGUGAGCAGGGUCUAAAUGGACCACCGGGUCAGACAGGACCACCUGGUCCCAUGGGUCCACCAGGUUUAGCAGGCCUAAAGGGAGACCCUGGCAGGAAAGGAGACAAGGGUCAUGGUGGUUUGAUAGGUCUGAUAGGACCUCCAGGAGAUAUUGGCGAAAAGGGAGACAGAGGACUACCAGGGAACCAGGGACUUCAAGGUCCAAAAGGAGAUGAGGGUCCAUUUGGUCCGCCAGGUUCACCCGGUCCUCCUGGUCCCACUGGGCUGUCUGGUGCUAUUGGUGAAAAAGGUUCCAAAGGAAACCAGGGUCCAGUUGGCCCCAGGGGAGACACUGGACCUGCAGGGCCUCCAGGAUCACCGGGACGGCCAGCGAUUGGGAUUUCACCUCUGCCAGAGCGAGGAAGGAGAAGAAGGACUCAUCAUGUGGUGGAUGGUGCAGCACUUGAAAAUGAGGAGGAAGAAAAGGCCGUAGAUGGAGACGAGGAGGCAUGGAUGCAAGGCGAUCAGGCAGAGCAGGAUGGCUUGAUGAAGGAUAAAGAGGGUGAAGACAUGGAAGAGGUGUUUGCUUCUCUCUCGUCGAUGAAGGUGGAGGUGGAAGGUCUGCGUAACCCACAGGGGACAUACCACAGCCCUGCUCGCACCUGCAAAGAACUCUGGCUCCUCCACCCAGACCUCCCCAAUGGUGAGUACUGGAUAGAUCCCAACCAGGGCUGCCACAGAGACUCUUUCAAGGUUUUCUGUAACUUUACUGCUCAGGGAGAAACGUGUCUGUUCCCCGACAAGAAGUUCCAGUCGGUGAAAUUAGCAGCUUGGAAAGGUGAGAAAGCUGGCAGCUGGUACAGUAAAUUCAAGAAAGGAAAACAGUUCUCCUACUCUGGGUCUGACGGCGACUCCAUCCACGUUGUCCAGUUAAACUUUCUGAAGCUGCUCAGCGCCACAGCCAAGCAGACAUUCACCUACCACUGCCUCAACUCCGCCGCCUGGCUGCACAUCGCCUCCUACAGUCACGAACACGCAUUACGCUUCAGAGGCAGCAACGGCGAGGAGCUCACCCACGAGAACACACAUUACAUCAGUGCACUGUACGACGGGUGUCAGACACGCUCGGGUCAGGAGAGGACGGUGUUGGAAUUUGACGCUUCGGUGUCCAACACACUCCCUAUCGUUGAUGUAGCUGUGUCCGAUUUUGGAAAAGGGAACCAGAAAUUUGGUUUCCAAGUUGGCCCGGUUUGCUACAAUGGUUAACAAAGCUGGGAGAACCAGUUCCAGAAACAAUUUAAGAAAAGAAGAGCCAUGGACACUUUUUUACAUGCAAAGUGAACACUACAUUCAAAACCACAUAUUUAUAAGUUGAUGUGUGUACACCAGUGUGUUCUGAUCCAAACAAGCAGUGACACGUUGAUGUAGUCGGUCUGUCUGUCCUGAGUUCAGAUUCACCAACAGAAGACUACAACAACUUCACUCACAAUGGAUUUACAUGCUGUGUUUUCCAGUGAAACAUCGACAUCCUCGGAAGCACAUUUUUUCUUUCAUUUUUGAAGGACUAAGCUGUGCUCUUACUUUUACUCACUUCAAUUCAUACACUCAGUAAAUACAACACAAACACACUCAGAUCAAUAAACCACAAUACACACACAACAUACCACAGUUCAGCAGAAAUCUUAUUGUCAUCAGCAAUAAGAAAAUAAGGGUGCUCUACUCAAAAAAAUCCUUAAACCUUGAUGGGUGCUGACCAUCCAGCAUGAUAA